UACUGUUAAUACUGAUUGUGUUAGUUAUGCUAAUGGUACUAAUAGUACUGAUAAUACUACUAGUAUUGAUUGUGCUAGUUGUGCUAAUGAUGCUAAUGAUACUAAUGGCACUACUGGUAUUGAUUGUAUUAAUGGUACUAAUGAUAUUAAUGGUAUUACUGGUACUAAUGUGUUAAUAAUACUUAUAGUAUCACUAAUAUUAAUGAUGUGA